CUCUACCAAAUAAAUAAAUACUACUCCACUAUUCAUCCCUUCAAAUCUUCAAUCCUUCUUCGUAGCACUGAAGAACCAAGAGAAGUACAGAAUAAUUUAUUUAUUUUAAAGAAUACAAAAAUAAUUAGUUAAUAAUAUCCCAUAAUUCUUUGCAUAUGCAUUUCGUCUUCUCUCGUUCGUUAAAGAGGCAAGUUUAUUGGGUUGUAUUAUUUUUAAGAGAUGAAUCAUUAGCAGAAUAAUAGCUCAGCAGCUUACCAUCAGUGACGUACUGGCCGCGCGGCCUUCAUACACAAGCCGACAGCCAUAAUCUGCAGGAAAAGAAAAACGAAAAGCUGAAACAUGAUGAUGGAGGAUCUCUGGACAUUGUUCUGUGCACAAUCUACUUCUUCAAAUAUCAAUACUACUCCUUUCUUUGAGUUUGUCACUCAUCCUUCUUCAUGUGUGAACCAUGCCUUCAUCAUUUGUUCAAAUAUACUUCUUCUGGCAUUACUGUUAUUCAACUUGAUUCCCAGUAUAUCCUCUAAGAAAGCCGAGCUAUCACCUCGUUACAGACAGUUCUCAACCUUGCAGAAAUCAUCAGCUGUUUGUAACACCUGUUUAGGACUGGUUUACAUAGGUUUAGGAACUUGGGUUUUGCAUUCUGCAUCACCAGUUCAUUGGUGGGUGUUGUAUUUCUUUCAAGGGUUUACUUGGAUAACAGUGGGAUUAUCAACUACCCUUAAAAGAGAGUAUUUCCCUAGAAAAGCUUCAUUGAAAAUCUUAUCCAUCUUUGCUUUCCUGUCAUCUGGGAUCUUCUUCUUCAUCGCGGUGUUUUCUGCCAUUGUUGACCAUGAAAUAACAAUUAAGGUAGCCAUGGAUAUCCUGUCAUUCUUAGGAGCAAGCUUGCUGUUACUAUGCACUUACAAGGGGUAUGAAGAUGAAGAUGACGAAAACAGAGGGAAUAACCAUGGAAGUACCCUGUAUACUCCUCUGAAUAGCACCUGUAAAACUGAUUCACCCCACCAAGUUUCACUAUUUGCAGAAGCUGGGUUGUUAAGUAGGUUAACAUUCUGGUGGUUGAACCCUCUGAUGAUCUUAGGUAAAGAGAAGACUCUAGAACAACAAGACAUCCCCAAAUUACGCGAUUCUGACAGAGCGGAAUCCUGUUACUUUCAGUUCAUGGAACAGUUAAGUAAACAGAAACAGGAUGAACCUUCUUCAUCACCUUCAUUGUUAUGGACUAUUGUUGCGUGCCAUCGUACUGAAAUACUUCUUUCUGGGUUCUUUGCACUUCUGAAAGUUCUUACACUAUCAGCUGGACCUCUUCUGUUGAAUGCCUUCAUUGAAGUUGCAGAAGGUAAAGAAGCUUUUAAACAUGAAGGGUAUGUUUUAGCAGCUGCACUUUUCCUCGCAAAGUCAUUAGAGUCACUUUCACAGAGACAAUGGUACUUCAGAAGCAGAUUAGUUGGUGUUAGGGUUAGAUCAUUACUUACUGCAUCAAUCUACAGAAAACAGUUAAAGUUAUCAAAUUCUGCAAGAAUAAAGUAUUCUGGUGGUGAGAUUAUGAACUAUGUUACUGUUGAUGCUUAUAGAAUAGGGGAAUUUCCAUUCUGGUUUCACCAAACUUGGACUACAGGGCUUCAACUUUGUAUUGCACUAUGUAUUCUAGUUCAUGCAGUUGGACUUGCUACAAUUGCUGCAUUAACAAUGAUUGUUAUAACCGUUCUUUGCAACGCCCCACUUGCGAAAUUACAGCAUAAGUUCCAAACUAGGCUUUUGAGUGAGCAAGAUUCGAGGUUGAAGGCGUGUUCUGAGGCUCUGGUGAACAUGAAGGUGCUGAAAUUGUACGCGUGGGAGAAUUACUUCAAGGAUGUAAUAGAACGGUUAAGGAAAGUGGAACUUAAAUGGUUAAAAGCACUGCAAUUGUGGAGAGCUUAUAAUGGUUUUCUGUUUUGGUCAUCACCUGUUCUGGUUUCUGCUGCUACAUUUGGUGCAUGUUAUUUCCUAAGUGUGCCUUUACAUGCUAGUAAUGUGUUUACUUUUGUGGCAACAUUGAGGCUUGUUCAAGACCCUAUUAGAGCUACACCUGAUGUUAUUAGUGUGGUGAUUCAAGCAAGGGUUGCGUUUACUCGUAUUGCGCAGUUUCUUGAGGCUUCAGAGCUUCAGAAUGAGGAUUCUAGAAAGAAAAAUGGUAGGGGAAGCUUGAACCAUGCACAAGAAGCUGUUUUGAUGAGGUCUGCAAAUCUUUCCUGGGAUAUGAAUCCUUCAAAACCAACACUAAGAAACAUAAAUCUAGAAGUUCGACCUGGUGAAAAAGUUGCUAUAUGUGGAGAAGUUGGGUCAGGGAAAUCAACAUUGCUAGCUGCUGUUCUUAAAGAAGUACCAUUGAUGGAGGGAACUGUUGGAGUUUAUGGGAGUAUAGCUUAUGUUUCCCAGACAGCUUGGAUCCAAACAGGGACAAUACGUGACAACAUUCUUUUUGGGUCUUCCAUGGAUGAGAUAAGGUACCAAGAAACUCUCCGAAGGUGUUCAUUGAAGAAGGACCUCGAGCUUCUUCCAUUCGGUGACUUGACAGAAAUAGGUGAAAGAGGAGUUAAUCUAAGUGGUGGCCAAAAGCAACGAAUCCAACUUGCUCGUGCAUUAUACCAAGAUGCUGAUAUUUACCUGUUAGAUGAUCCAUUCAGUGCUGUUGAUGCACAAACUGCAACUAGCCUCUUUAAUGAAUAUAUUAUGGAAGCACUUUCAGAAAAGACAGUCUUACUUGUGACACAUCAAGUUGAUUUUCUUCCUGCAUUUCAUUGCUGUUUGCUGAUGUCAGAUGGGGAGAUCCUCAAAUCAGGGACUUAUCACCAAUUACUAGCUUCAAGCCGGGAAUUUUUGGACCUGGUAAAUGCACACAAAGAGACUGCUGGUACUGAAAGGCCAUCUGAGGUCACAUCAUCUGAAACUGAAAGACACAACUAUUCUUCAAAGGAGAUCAAGAAAACUGAUACUGAAAAGAAAAAUCUAGCAACUGAAGGCGACCAAUUGAUUAAACAAGAAGAAAGAGAAACGGGAGACAGUGGUCUUAAACCAUACUUACUCUACCUUAAUCAGAAAAAAGGCUACUUGUACCUUUCCAUAGCUGCUUUCUGUCAUCUGAUCUUCGUCACAGGCCAGAUAUUACAGAACACAUGGAUGGCCUCCAGUGUUGAUAAUCCUCAAAUCAGCACGUUGAAAUUGAUUGUGGUUUACCUCGUAAUUGGAGUCUGCUCGACAUUUUUUUUACUUAUAAGAUCACUUCUUGCUGUUGCAUUGGGUUUGGAAGCAUCAAGGUCUAUGUUUUCUCAGUUGUUGAGCUCUCUCUUUCGCGCUCCAAUGUCUUUCUAUGACUCUACACCUCUUGGAAGAAUACUAAGUCGGGUUUCUUCAGAUUUGAGCAUUGUUGAUACUGAUGUUCCUAUAAGCCUUCUUUUAUCCAUGGCGGUUACAAUGAAUGCAUAUGCUAAUCUAGGAGUUCUGGCUGUCAUCACUUGGCAAGUCUUGUUUGUCUCCAUACCAGUGAUUUACAUGUUAAUACGCUUGCAGAGGUACUAUUUCGCGACAGCAAAAGAGUUGAUGAGAAUCAACGGUACAACGAAGUCUUUGGUUGCAAACCAUUUAGCUGAAUCCAUAGCUGGAGCCAUAACAAUUAGAGCUUUCAAGGAGGAAGAUCGGUUCUUUGCUAAGAGUCUCGAUAUAAUUGAUACAAAUGCAAGUCCAUUCUUCCACAAUUUUGCAGCUAAUGAAUGGCUGAUUCAGAGGCUUGAGACCCUCUGUGCCAUUGUUCUCGCAGCAGCAGCCUUGUGCAUGGUUUUGCUCCCUAUUGGAACUUUUAGUUCCGGGGUUAUUGGAAUGGCUCUAUCAUAUGGUCUUUCGUUAAAUAUGUCCAUGGUUUUUGCGAUCCAAAAUCAAUGUACACUAGCCAAUUAUAUCAUUUGUGUCGAAAGGCUUGAGCAAUACACGCAUAUACCUAGUGAAGCUCCAGAAGUCAUUGAAGAUAGCCGUCCUCCAAAGAACUGGCCAUUAGUUGGUAAAGUGGAGAUAUGCAAUCUACAGAUAAGAUAUAGACCAGAUACACCACUUGUUCUUAAAGGAAUCAGUUGCACAUUUGAAGGGGGUGACAAAAUCGGUAUUGUUGGUAGGACUGGUAGUGGGAAGACAACCCUAAUCGGGGCAUUGUUUCGCUUGGUGGAACCGGCUGCAGGGAAGAUUUUAGUCGAUGGCAUAGAUAUAUGUUCAAUAGGACUUCACGAUUUAAGGUCACGUUUUGGGAUUAUCCCUCAAGAUCCAACACUUUUCAAUGGUUCUGUAAGAUUCAACUUGGAUCCAUUGUGCCAGCAUAAAGAUGAACAAAUAUGGGAGGUGCUCGAGAAAUGUCAGCUGAAAGAGGCAGUCCAAGAAAAAGAUCAGCGCCUAGAUUCCUUAGUUGUGGAGGAUGGAGCAAAUUGGAGCAUGGGACAGCGACAACUAUUUUGUCUAGGACGUGCUUUACUGAGGAGAAGCAGGGUAUUGGUGCUCGAUGAAGCAACUGCAUCAAUCGAUAAUGCAACCGACACUAUUCUGCAAAGAACGAUAAGAACAGAGUUUGCAGACUGCACUGUGAUUACAGUAGCACACAGGAUACCAACCGUGAUGGAUUGCACAAAGGUUCUUGCCAUUAGUGAUGGAAAUUUAGUGGAAUACGAUGAUCCUGUGAAGCUAAUGAAAAAGGAAGAUUCACUAUUCGGACAACUUGUGAAGGAAUAUUGGUCUCAUUUCCAAUCCGCAGAUCAAUCACAUUAAACUAAAGGCAGCAAGCAACACAAUAAGAAAAUAGAAGAUAAUAACAAAAGGUGGAAGACCUAGAUCAAAUGAGGCAGGAAAAACAGUUAAGCAAAGAGGACAUACACAAGUUUGGCUGUCAGUUCUAAUUUUUUUUUUUUAUCUUUUGGCUUUUGUGCUAAAUUACAAGGCUCAAAGAUGAGUAAAAAUACACAAGACUAAACCAGUGCCAAUGGCACCACCAACCUAAGAUGAAACUAAAUUGUUAAGCCAGCAUGGGAGAUUAGAGGAUGGUUGUGAAGAGGAUAUAAUCAAAUGACAGAGAGUUCAAACAUGGAUGUGCUGCAGUCUGUAAAUUUUUUGUUGUCAGAAAUUUUUGGAUUUGGUAUCUCAAAUUAGGAAGUGUUGUUUUGGAGAAUUUUAUGAUGCACCAGAUUAUGUACUCUCUUGUAGCUUAAUAUAUGAAGUAUUUAUCUACCAAAAUACAAACAAACAAUGCACCUAUUGUUGGGUGAAUUAUGAUCUA